AUGUCUUCCACAAAAUCCAUCUCUCUCAUUGUCUGCAUAACUUUCUUCUUCUCUAUUCUCUUUCGUUCCUCCUCUGCACAAACCGUCGUUAAAGCUUCGUACUGGUUUCCGGAGAGUGAAUUUCCGGUCACCGAUAUUGACUCAUCUCUCUUCACACACCUCUUCUGCGCUUUCGCUAAUCUCAACUCUCAAACCAAUCAAGUCACCGUCUCUACCACGAACCAACCCAAAUUCUCAAACUUUACACAAACCGUGCAACGAAGAAACCCUUCGGUGCAAACAUUUCUGUCUAUCGGCGGUGGAAUCGCUAAUCAAUCCGCGUUUGCGUCCAUGGCAAGUAACCCCACUUCUCGAAAGUCAUUCAUUGAUUCUUCGAUUAGAGUCGCAAGAUCCAAUGGAUUCCAUGGUCUCGACCUAGAUUGGGAGUAUCCGAGCAGUGCGGCUGAGAUGAGCAAUUUCGGGACGCUACUUAGAGAAUGGCGAUUGUCGGUUGCGGCAGAAGCAAAUAGCACUGCUAGACCGCGUUUGCUUUUGGCGGCUGCGGUUUUCUACUCCUACAGUUACUAUUCGGUACUGUACCCGGUUCAAGCCGUUGCCAAUAGCUUGGAUUGGGUUAAUCUCAUGGCCUAUGAUUUUUAUGGACCGGGUUGGUCCACAGUGACCGGUCCACCGGCCGCUCUAUUUGAUCCUUCAAACGCAGGUCCAAGUGGCGAUGCUGGAGUGAGGGCAUGGAUUCAAGGCGGCCUUCCGGCAUCGCAAUUAGUGUUGGGAUUCCCAUUAUACGGCUAUGCAUGGCGUCUUGCAAACAGCAACAUAAACAGUUAUUCUGCUGCCACCACCGGACCUGCGAUAUCACCUGACGGUUCGAUUGGAUACGGUCAGAUAAAGAAGUUUAUAGUGGAUAACGGUGCUAGGAUGGUUUAUAACUCGACGGUGGUUGGAGAUUACUCUUACGCCGGGACGACUUGGAUCGGGUACGAUGAUAAUCAAAGCAUUGUGACGAAAGUGAGAUAUGCUAAGCAGAGAGGACUUCGUGGUUACUUCUCAUGGCAUGUUGGAGCUGACGAUAACUCUACUCUAUCUCGUGCAGCAUCUCGGGCUUGGGAUGCUACGGCGGCAACUACGGUAAUCCGACGGAAGUUUUAA